AUGGACAUUUUGACUUCCAAACCAGAAAACACUCUGGAUAUUGAACAACCAAUAUCUAAAGAGUAUGGACAGUCAACCAAGACAACUAAAGUAUUGCCUACAGCAGCCAUUAUACUUGGUUUGGUAUUGGCAUCUUUGAUUCUUGCCACAGUAGCCAUCACUACUCUUGGUUUCUCCUCUCAAAUUCCACUUUUAUUCUCACUCAGAGAAUCAGAAAUUCCAUCCACAGAUUCUGCUGCAACUGCCGAAUCAGCAACUUUAACACAAUGUGAUUAUGCCAUUUUGGGUGGUGGUAUUGCUGGUGUGUUCACUGCUUAUCAACUUGCCAAAGCUGGUAAACAAAAUAUUUGUGUUGUUGAAGCUACUAGCAGACUUGGUGGAAGAUUGGAAACUUUCACAUUGGGCAACUCGAAGAAGUAUGACCUUGGUGGUGUCAGAGUCAAUAAUCAACACACUGUCAUGAAGAAUCUUGCUGCUGAAUUGAAUAUUAACUUUACCAGUGGUUACUAUGUUGAUAAAUAUGAAGCACAAGCUUUGGGAAUUCCAAGUAAUGUCUUGAUGGUUUCCAGAGGUGUCAGAACUGAUGAUAAGGAAAUUCUCAGAGCUCAAGGUUAUCCUUUAGCAAGUGGUGCUGUUAGUGGAUGGGAUGUUUUACUUGAUACUGGAAGCGCUGCUUUCCAAAAUUCACCACUUCAAGAUACCUUCUCAUAUACUCAAUCUGGAUUGGGAAGUGCUGAGGAAAUGUCUUAUUUCAUGUCAACAUUUAGAUUUAGAGGUGAUUUCCAAGCAGUUGAUAGAAAGACCUAUGCUGAAUUUGCUUUGGCUGACUCAGUUGACCCAUUGAACUUUUAUCCAAUUGGUGGAAUGGGUGAAUUUGUUAGAAAGAUGACCCUUGCUGCUCAACAAACUGGUAGAGUUACUUUCUUCAUGUCUGAAAGUGUCAAGUCAAUUGAUCUUUCUCCAUUCUCAACUUCAAGUGUCAAGAAAUAUUUGAUUGGAACUUCAUUAAGAUUCAUUCAUGCCAAGAAUGUCAUUAUUAACAUUCCUCCACAAGCUUUCAAACAAGUAACUGGUCAAUUCGGUAGUGCUUUGAACGCUUCUCCUGCCUUGAAACAAUCCAAAGCUGUUCCAGUUGUGACAAUCUUGUUGAGAUUCGCCUCAAGAUGGUGGGAACAAGUUAGCCCAGCAAGAAGAAUCUGGACUGAUUCAAAUUGUUUACAAUAUCUUGAAAUUCCACUCUCUCCACAAGGAAAGGAAACCAAUGCUUUCAGAGCUGCCUAUGCUGAUGGUCACUGUGCUAAGGAAUGGAAUGAUUUAUACGAAAUGGGAGGAUCAGCACUUGUUCAAACAACUGUUAUGAAUUAUUUGAAGGAACUUUAUCCAAACACAACUAUUCCUACUCCAGUUGAAUUGGUCUACAGAUUGUGGAAUGAUGCUUGGUAUUUCGAACAACCUAGUGCUACUCUCUCAAUUGACCAAAAGCAACAAUGGGCUUUGAAUCCGAUUACUGGUGAAAAGAUUGUGUUUGUUGGUGAAGCAUUCCAUUUGGAACGUACAUGGUCUGUUGGUGCAGUCAAAUCUGCCAUUGCUGCUUUAAACACAAAAUUGGGUGUUUCCACUAAUUAUUAA